AUGGGGAAGCGGAAGUCGACGCGCGGGAAGACGGCGCCGCGGAAGAAGGCGGAGAAGCUGGACACGUCCUUCUGCUGCCCCUUCUGCAACCACCCCAACAGCAUCGACUGCAAGAUCGACCUCAAGCACUUGGUCGCCGAGGCCUCGUGCAACACGUGCAGCGAGAGCUACUCCACCACGGCGCACGCCCUCACCGAGCCCGUCGACGUCUACGCCGAGUGGAUCGACGAGUGCGAGAAGGCCAACGCCGACCGCGACCGGGAUGAGGACAACGACGUCGUCCGGGAUGAGGUGGACAACGAGGAGUGCGCAUGA